GUUGCCUUGGUGCACGGAAGGCCUCAGUGUCAGAGCAGCUCUUGGGCUUGCUCAGUGCAGGAGCAUCCUCCUGCUUGAGGCGUUUGUCAGUGGGCAGCUGCACACUGACAGGAGCCUUGUUCUUCUUGAGUUGGAGCAGUGUCUGCAAACUGGCACAGCAGUGCUCCAGUGAUGGAGCCACUCGCUGCUGCAGUUUGCACUGUUUACGGCUUUUUUUAUUCCGGCUAUUACCUGACAAACCUGGCAUGUCACCUGAGGCGUGUGUUCAGAGGUGCCGAUCCUGAGAGCCCAGAACCAACAGUAGACUCUUCUCUGGCUCCCUCUGCUCCUGGAGAAGAGGCCAAAGAGGAGCAAAAUGACCGCGAGCCUCCAGCAGUGGUCACACCCCAGCCUGAACAUUCAGAGACUGUUGUUCUGGAUAAAGAGCAGGAGCAGAUUGAUUUGUCAGAGAUGCCAUGCCAGACUGAGGGAGAGCUGUUGCCAGCCCGAGAGCAGGAAGAGCAGCUUGGGCAGCAGGUGGAAGAGCCACUGGAGAAUGGCCAGAACAUCAAGGCAGAGCCACAAGCAGAGCUGCCUGAAGCUCAGAGUGCCAUUGUGGCAGUGAAGAGGAGGCACCAGGAAGACAUGAGGAACAUUCAAGAGGAGAUGACACUCUAUCGGCAGAGAAGAGAUCUACAAAACAAGGUGAGUGAUAGAGUGGCAGCCAUUCCACUUAUCAAGCUGUCUCUCUCAUGUGUUUUAGAGGACAGCAAGGAAAAUCUCCAGGCAGAGAUGCAGGAUAUUCGGGCUAGGAUCAAGGAAAGGGAGAAGAGGCUGGAGGAAGAAAUGAAGAUGGUUGAAGAGGAAAUCAAUCACCUGAUUCAGGAGAAGAAUUUUCUACAUAAACAAGUUGGAGUGUUGACAUCUCACCUGGCAGCCUGGGAAGGCUUCCAGCAAAUGACUGGUGAUGAAGAGCCCCAAGGUUGGCGUGAGGCACAGCAACUGUCCCAAGCAGAGAUGCUGAAGGUUGAGCGUGUCUCCAAGAUG